AUGCAAUUGCUGAUAGUGUUGGUAGUCUUCGUUUGCGCCGCUGAGGCGUUCAAUAGAUGUUCGGAGGGAUUGAUCGAUUGCAGAAGUUUCUUCAAGAAGUGUGUGACAGGAAGUGACAUAUGUGAUGGAGUCAAAGAUUGCGCUACGGGAUUCGACGAACGUUCCUGCGAUUGCUCUCACGAUAGCGAUUGCCCCAAAGACGAGAUCUGCUUGAUCCGGACGGUUGGGAAGGGCUGCGUGAAGAAGACCGUAUGCGAUCCUGGAUACGAAGCGGUAGGACAACUCUGUUUCGACGUCGACGAGUGCGCGACUCAGAAACACAACUGCUCGGAGAAUGAGUUCUGUAUCAAUCGAGAAGGAUCAUUCGAGUGCAAAUGUAAGUUCGGAUAUUAUUUCGAUUCGCUCGCAAGACGAUGUUUCGAUAUCGACGAAUGCCAGAGUGUGCAUUACUGUGAGCCACCCGGACAUUGCACGAACACCCGAGGGUCAUUCCAAUGCCUCUGUCCGACCGAUCUCUUCACCACGAAGCAUAUCGUCGUGCGAUCAGACGGUUCCACGUAUGAGAAAUUCAGAUGCACUACCAACGACACCUGCGAGGAGGAUCAUUCGUGCCUCUCAUCCGUCAAACAAUCAGACCCCGUCGCGUGCAUUGACGGGAUUUCCUGCCGUUGUCCCCAAGGUUACGCAUUCAAUGCGGAAAAAUCCAGGUGCGAGGAUGUUGACGAAUGCGUCGACGGAAACCACAACUGUGAGUUCCGCUUCCUCUGUGUGAACACCAUCGGAGGUUAUCAGUGCUCGUGUCCUGCUGGUUUUCGAGAUCGGCCAGAAACUACGACGUUGCGGGUCCCGAUAUCGACGACCGAAUCUGAAAAGAAUGAUUUCCCGUGUGAUGACAUCGAUGAAUGCAAGGAGAACCUCCACAAUUGUCAGUUCAACUGUAGCAACACUCCGGGAUCUUACGAGUGCCUCUGCAAGACCGGAUACCGGCAAGAUUCCUCGAAACGACUUUGCCUCCCCAUCGGCGAAACAUCUGAAAUGCUCAUAUCGAGAGAGGGGAGAUUCUCCGUCGCAAUCGUGGACCUCAAGAAGAAUGCCCUCGAUUUCUACGCGAUAGUCGGAGACUGCAAUGAGACCACCUCUGCAAUUUUCACUUUCUUCCAUGAGAGGCAAGAGUUUUACUUCGUGAACAGUGACCGGACCGCGAUCUUCCGGUGGCACCUCCGCGAGUCAUGCGAGGAGAUCAUAUCCUCUCGAACGAACAUUUCGGCUCUCGAAAUCGACUGGAUCUACAGUAACAUCUAUUGGACGGACAGUGACGGGCUGAGCGUCGCCACAAUGAACGGAACUCAUUCCAAAAGUCUAAGCGAUCCUCAAACGCCGAUAAAAAAAAUUGUGGUCGAUCCAUUCAAUGGCUGGCUGACGAUGCUGAGAAACGGUGAAACUUGGCGAAUCGGGCUGGACGGAAGCUCAGAGGCCCAGAUUUUCGAGGGAGCUGAAGCUCUCUCGCUGACAUUCGACGCGGAGGACGCCCAAAUUAUUCUCCAAACAGCUGAGGCCAUUAGAAUUUGUCCGGAGAGCGCGGUCAGCCUGGAUCUGUGUCAGAGCCUACCCUUCACAGCGCAGGAAUCACAGCUCCUUGACGCGUUCGGCGACUUCAUAAUUGUAGAAGAACGAGACUCUCGGGGCAACGCGAAGCUUCUCGUCUUGAGUAAGCGCUCCAAGGAACGCAUUCAUUUGAACACUUCGCUACCGGACCUUGGCGGCCGGAUCGUUCAUUCCAUCAAGCAGCCUAAAGGUCAGAACAGAUGUUCCCAGUCGUGUUCGGAUCUAUGCGUGAACUCGCCGGAAUCGCCCCGAUUCGCUUGUUUGUGCUCGAACGAUGCAACGGAAAACUGUCAUCAGAGAUCUGUUCGUGGGGAGUUCCAUGUCACAGAUGAGCCGACGCGAAUUAGCAUGAGUCCCCCCGCGUUCCUCGGUUUCAUCGCGCUCAGUAUCUUGGGAAUCGCUUGGGGUUUUUACGGAAUAUUCGAUAGAUUGAGAGGACACCAGCCAACAUCGAGCCCCUGCCUCGCCGUAGAUUCACCGGCUGUUGAGAUGUCCAGUGUCGCGUUCCGACAGGACACAUCCCGAGUGAAUCUAGUCAAUCACGAGAUACCGCCCGAUGUUCUCGGUAGGAAUUUCCCGCUCUUCUCUAGCUGACGAAGACCCAUUCGGAAUCCACGAUGCUCGCCGGAGCCGAGGAUGAGAGAUGUUGCCGAUUUUAUUUUGUAAAUAAACCAUGAGAAUCGUU